CCGGGCCUGAUAAUAAAGGAAUUUAUAAAGGCGAUCGAGAGUCCAGUGGAAAAUACACAUUUGCUGCCCACAUGGAUGGAACUUACAAGUUUUGCUUUAGCAACAGAAUGUCCACCAUGACUCCCAAGAUAGUGAUGUUCACUAUCGAUAUCGGAGAAGCUCCAAAGGGGCAAGACAUGGAGACAGAAGGUGGUGGAGAUACCUGGGAUGCUCAUCAGAACAAGCUAGAAGAGAUGAUUAAUGAGUUAGCAGUGGCCAUGACAGCUGUAAAGCAUGAACAGGAGUACAUGGAAGUUCGUGAAAGAAUACAUAGAGCAAUUAAUGACAACACAAACAGCAGAGUCGUUCUUUGGUCAUUCUUUGAAGCUCUUGUAUUAGUUGCCAUGACACUGGGACAAAUCUACUAUCUGAAGAGGUUUUUUGAAGUCCGAAGGGUGGUUUGAGAGUACUUUUCUGGUCCCGGAUUUCAGUUCACUGUCUACCAAACAUCCUGGUCACAAAAAAGUCAUUUAGUUUCUGAACCCUCUUUACUGAACUGUAAAACUUAUUGCUUAUGUUCCUUCCUAGUUAAAAAUGAAUUGUUUUUAUAUAUAUCUUCUGUAGCAAAAGCUGUGCUGAAAUCUUGUCACUUAAUUGGCAUAACUUUUUUUCACUUAAAUCUGCCUAGUCUGUAUGCUAAGCAAGGUCCAAGCAAGCUGCAAACACUGUAAUUCAACUGUAGUAACAAGCAAUGUUGAUGUCUUUUCUAACUUUUUUCCCCCUGUUUUUCGUACUUGCAGUUCUGUCUAGGGAAACAGUACAAGGCCCUAACAUGACUGUUUGCAUUUUUGAC